AACAGUUAAAUGUAAAAAACAAAGAUUUUAAAUUUCGUGGUACAUUUGUUUUGUAUCUUUUUUGAAGAAACAAAAAAAAAAAGAAAAAACAAAAACCAUAAAUAAUAAAAAAUAUAUCCUCGUACGAUAGUUCGGCAAUAGUUAGUUUUACCGAUUUAACAAUAAAAAAAGAAAGAAAAGUAAAAAAUCGCAAGAUAAAAAAUCACCCGAAUGAGUUCUGUUAUGUUUCGACGGAAAGCUUGCAGGACGUGAAUUAUGAAUCCAUCUGAAUCACAACAGAAUCUUCUUAGUAAUGAAGUAAGAGCACCCUCGGUACAAUCGUUAAGUCCACCGGCUGAUUAUAUUCUCGGACCCGUUGAAAAACAUUUUCUAUUGAGUGCGGAGAGAGGUGAUUGUGCUACCGUCAAAAGAUUGCUGGAAGAAAAUAAAGAUCAGCCAGAAAUCUUGAAUAUAAAUUGCGUUGAUCCAUUAAAUCGAUCAGCUUUAAUAGCAGCCAUCGAAAAUGAAAAUAUCGAGCUUAUUAAAUUGUUAUUGGAUUUAGGGAUACAAGUUAAGGAUGCACUUUUGCACGCCAUCAAAGAGGAAUACGUGGAAGCCGUGGAGAUUUUGUUAGAAUGGGAAGAAAGAAUCCAUGUUUUAGGCCAACCUUACAGUUGGGAAGCCGUAGAUAGAUCAUCAUCUAAUUUCACUCCUGACAUAACUCCCUUAGUAUUGGCAGCACACAAAAAUAAUUAUGAAAUUUUGAAAAUACUUUUAGAUCGUGGAGCGACCCUACCAACCCCUCAUGAUGCCAGAUGUGGUUGCGACGAGUGUGUAACUUCGAGUGAACAAGAUUCUCUUCGGCAUUCCCAAUCUCGUAUAAAUGCGUACAGAGCUUUAACAUCACCGUCCCUUAUCGCUUUAUCUUCGAGAGAUCCACUUUUAACGGCAUUCGAACUUUCAUGGGAAUUACGUCGUCUCAGUCGAAUGGAACAAGAAUUUCGAUUUGAGUAUAAUGAAAUGCGAGAGCAAACGCAACAUUUUGCAACGUCGUUAUUAGAUCAUGCACGUACAUCAUAUGAAUUAGAAAUUAUGCUCAAUUAUAAUCCGACUGGAGAUAAUUGGGAACCCGGAGAACGUCAAACUUUAGAUCGACUAAAACUUGCCAUUAAAUAUAAACAAAAACAGUUCGUAGCUCAUCCGAAUGUGCAACAAUUAUUAGCAGCCAUUUGGUACGAUGGUCUACCUGGUUUCCGUAGAAAAAGUAUGAUCGGUCAAUUAAUUGACGUCGGAAAACUCGGUGCUAUGUUUCCUGUUUAUAGUACAAUUUAUAUGAUGUCUCCUACGUCCCAAAUGGGUUUGUUUAUGAAAAAACCGUUUGUCAAAUUUAUUUGUCACUCUUCUUCCUACGCUUUCUUUCUCAUGUUACUCGGAAUGGCAUCUCAACGAAUCGAAUAUUUGGUUAUCGAAUUAUUUGGCAAUGCGUGGAUGCGUGAAAUACUUGCAGGAUGGAAAAGACGAGAACGAGGCUGCAUUCCGGGUUUCGUUGAAUCCGGCGUUAUUAUCUACGUAAUAAGCUUAGUUGUCGGAGAAAUAAGAUCAUUAUGGUCGGAUGGAUUACUCGAGUAUAUAUCAGAUUUAUGGAAUAUAGUGGACUUCAUACAAAAUACAUUUUACGUUAUAUGGAUAAGUAUGAGAAUGACUGCUUGGUUUAUAGUACAAAGAGAAUAUUGGAGUGGUGAGGAUCCUUGGUAUCCAAGAGAUAAAUGGCAUGCCUUCGAUCCCAUGCUUCUCUCGGAAGGAGCCUUUGCUGCUGGAAUGAUAUUUAGUUUCUUAAAACUCGUUCACAUAUUCAGCGUAAAUCCACAUCUCGGACCUUUACAAAUUUCUUUAGGCAGAAUGAUAAUAGAUAUUAUUAAAUUCUUUUUCAUCUAUACUCUCGUUCUAUUCGCCUUUGGUUGUGGCAUGAAUCAGUUAAUGUGGUAUUAUGCUGAUUUGGAAAAAAUGAAAUGUUAUCAUAUGCCUAACGGAUUACCGGAUUUUGAUAAUCAAGAAAAAGCUUGCUCGAUAUGGCGAAGAUUUGCUAAUCUUUUUGAAACCUCACAAUCAUUAUUUUGGGCAAGUUUUGGUAUGGUAGAUUUGCUAUCCUUCGAUCUAACCGGAAUAAAAAGUUUUACAAGAUUUUGGGCUCUGCUUAUGUUUGGUUCAUAUUCGGUUAUCAACGUUAUAGUAUUACUCAACAUGUUAAUCGCUAUGAUGUCAAACUCAUAUCAGAUCAUUUCGGAAAGGGCUGAUACAGAAUGGAAGUUUGCAAGAAGUCAUCUUUGGAUGAGUUACUUUGAAGACGGUGACACCGUACCGCCACCGUUUAAUAUGGUUCCCACGAGUAAAUCUUUUGAUAAAAUUCUUAAAUGUGGUAAAGGUUCUCGACCCACUCGAUCCUUGAUAAAAAAAUCACGAGAAAAAGCAAUGGCUAGGCACGACACGGUAAUGCGAUUGCUUAUUCGUCGUUACGUGACAGCGGAACAGAGAAAACGCGAUGAUUUUGGUAUCACCGAGGACGAUGUCAUGGAAAUUCGACAAGAUAUCUCAACAUUACGAUACGAAUUAAUCGACAUUCUCCGGCAAAAUGGAAUGCGGACGCCGACUAUUGAUAAACAAGAUGCUGCAUUAUCUGGUAAAAAAGGUCGUGUAAUGGAACGUCGCUUGCAAAAGGAUUUCCAGAUUGGAAUAGUAGAAGGCAUUGUUAAUGCAGUUAUACAAGGAAAUGAAAAGGAACCUAAAGAUGUGUUUAGUCAAAUUGCUAAAGCGAUAGGUCGUAGAAGCAGCGGUGGUAGUAAAAAGAAAGAUUGGAAUGCUGUUGUUCGACAAAACACUUUUGCUAGGGAUCCAAUUGGUAGUUCGAAUGAGGCAUUUGCUAGACAAACGAGAAGAAGUUCUCGUAGAAAUAUGCGAGGCAAUGCUAAUUCUGAUUUAGCAUCCCUCGAUCCUAAUCGUUUGGUCGAGUACAAUCCCAAUCUAUCCGAAGUUACGCCUACUACGAGAAUCGCUUAUGCCAAAUUCAUGUUGAAACGAGUUAGGCAUAUCGAUGAAGUUGAAAAUACGGAAGGAGCUGAAGGAGAAGGAGAAGAAAAAGGAGGAGCAGGAGGUAAGAGUGCAACUUCAUCUGAGAAGUCAAGUAUGAAAAAAAAAGGUCCCGAGGGUGACCGUCCAAAGUUAAUAUUGUCAGAAUCUUUGAAAAAAGGAAUAUUAAAAUCAAUGAGCGCCGGGAGUAUCGAUAAGACGGGUGAUAAAUUAACACCGGAUGGAAAAGCGCCAGAAUUUAGGGCACCAACGCCUAUACCUGAAGAUCCGAGAGAGGAUGAUGUCAGCAAAGUAUCGGCUGAGGCACAAAUCUCAGCGAGUAAGUCUAAUAAAACUGAUGCAGAUAAAGAUAAAACACCUCAGAAGGAGCCAGCCAAAGAUCAAAAUGUUGAUGAUGCGAAGAAGAAAGAGGAGGAAGAAAAAAAGAAAAAGAAAGAGGAGGAAGAAAAGAAAAAGAAAGAGGAGGAAGAAAAGAAAAAGAAAAAAGAGGAAACAGCUAAAGAAGCAUCGAAGCCAUCUAAGUCACAAGACGAAAAUGUUCCAGUUGCUACAACUAAGUUACGUGGAAAAUCUAAAGCGACUGGUCAAAUUAUGGGAGGCUGGAUUUAAAUAUUUUCUUAAAGAAUUUUCUAAGAAUUUGAUAACAUUAAUGUACCGAUAUCUGUAACUUUCAAAUAAUUACUAAUGUAAUCUUUUGAAUUAUCAAUGAUAUCAUUAACCGCAUACGAAUCGUUAUCUUACAACAGGCA